AUGUCCAGUUUUCUGGAGACAGCAGCUGGCUUCCCUCACCAUUUCUAUGCUGGGUCGGUACCACGGUUUCCCCCGCGACCCGGCAGUAGUGACUCACCUUCCCAGGUGCGGCGCUUCCCCGCUCUCCCCUUCCCCUUGCCACGGGCAAGAAGCCCUUUCCUGAAGGGGUUUGAGCUCUGCUGGCAAACGGCUGGAAGGAGCCGAAAGCAUCGCAAGCGCGCAGUGUUUACAAGGCGGCAAUGCAGCUUAUAAACAAGGGGCUUCUUUAGCAGCUGGGAGCAGCGAAAGCACAUUCCAAGGAGAGCAAGCCUGAGAUCAGCUUCUCGGAGCGGCCUGGCCCGACUGGGAGACGUCUUGCUCUGCCCCAGCAUCUGCACGAAUGCUUAAUCCUUGACCGCAUUAGAGCACGCUCCAAGCACGAAUGCAUCCUCGCGGCCCCUGGGAGGGCUGCGCAGCACCCGAUGAGCUCCAGAGAGCGCUGUCAUCCCUCUGCAGCACUCCUUCUCUCUCUCUGUCUUUAGCUUCCCACCUCACUCCACUGACAGAUCCCCGGCAGGCUGGAGUUCAGGAAUCAAGGUAGGGUCACCCCACAAAAUCUACAUAUUGAUCCAUCUGGCAGGCUCCCACAGGGUAAGCAAUACUUGGGUUUGAGGAGGCUGCCUGGUCACUCCGAUCUCUGCUGAUCCGCCAGGCUCCUGAAGAGAAGAACGGCAGGUGCCUGAAUCCAUUUGGACCUGCAGGUGAAGAGCAACUGAGGCAGCAGCUGGCCAGACUUGCGCUACCUUCACAUGCAGGAACAAAUGAGCCAUUCCCAGGAAGGCUCUGGAAGGUUUUCGGCUGCGAGAAGGCAGAGCACAGAGCAUACGGAUGAGGAGCAAGGCCAGGUGGAUGGUGCUGGGAGAAGGGAGCUGAGCGUGCAGUUUAGGGACAGCGGUGAGAGUGAUGAAGAUCCUGACCCUCCCAAGGACCCGCUGCUGAACUCUCUGCCUGAGCUCUCGGUGCUGGAGCGGCUGGGCCUGCACAGAGUGGCUUUGACCGAGCAGGACGUGGAGGCAGCGUUCACGCACUUGGCACUGGCCUUCCGCUGCGACAUCUUCACCCUGCGGCGACGGGUGCAGGUGGAGGAGCGGGCACGGGACGUGGCGGAGGAGAACAUUCAGCAAGAGCUGGAGGAGUGCCGGGCAGCGCUGCAGAGGCUGGGCCUGUCCUGCGUCGACCCUAAGUGCAAGGAGCUGGUCAGGCAGUUGCAGCUCAGCCUGACGGUGCUGGCGGGGUCCGUUGAGCGGGCGACGAGCGCGGCGGAGAAGCUAGGCGCCGUCCAUCAGGAGGCGCGGAUGAGCCGGGCAGCAGAGGUGAUGGUGCAGCAUGUGGAGAACCUGAAGAGACAUCACUUGCGGGAGCACACGGAGCUGGAGGAAAUGAAGCGGCUGAUCCAGCAGAACUCCCGCAACCGGCAGCUGGCUGAGAACAGGGAUGACGGAGAGCAGAGACUGAAACUGCCCCUGAUGCGAACGUUCCAGCAGGUGUCGGCACGUCGGAGAGUCAGCAUCGCCGUCAUUCCCAAACAGCUCACGCCACUUCCCAGCCCCGAAAGCGGGCGAGCGCCCGAGGGGGAGGCAGCCAAGGCGGCAUGGGAGAGCAGCCCUAGCACAGAGAGGCGAACCUGCUGCCUCCAGGAGGACUCCGCCGAUGGAUACUUCAUCCUACGCUCAGACUCCUCCAGCUCCUUGCACCAAAGCCAGCCGGAGGCAGACAGACUCGAGUAUGAGGGCGACAGAGGCCGCUACGCAGAAGGGAGCCAGCCGGAGCUGCGGAGAAGGGGAAGCACCGGCAAGCCCAUGAAGGAGGAACCUGAUGGGGCAUCGGACAGCAGUGGGCUGACGGAGGAGCUGGAGCAGCUUAGUCUGACGUCUACGGCAUGUGGGAAAGAGACCCCCUGGCCUUGGGUCUUUCUGCCCCAGCAUUAUUGGCUUUUCCUGGGGCUGCUUUUCCUGGGGCUCUCAUGUCUGGUUCUGAUGCGGAUUCUGGAGCUGCAGAAACAGCAGCCAGCACCAACCCCCAACUCCUAGCAUGAGAGAGGAAGAAGACGCAGCCCGAGAGAGACAGCAUGCCACCCUGGGCUUACUUUUAAAAAUAAAAUAAUAAAAAUAGGGGGGAAAAGGGGUUUGGAUUUUUGGGGAAACACAAACCUCCCUCCUACAAGCUGCAGGGUGGCUCCAGGAGGCUUAUUGAUGUGAAAGAGGCCCCUGCCCCAACUUGGACCCAUGAGAGCUGGGCUCAGCAGCAUCAGAUUAUCCCUUGUCAGCCGAAUCCUAGAAGAUCAGGGUUGGAAGAGACCUCAGGAGGUCAUCUAGUCCCACCCCCUGCUCAAAGUAGGACCAGCACCAACUAAAUCAUCCCAGCCAGGGCUUUGCCAGGCUGGGUCUGGUGCAAGGGUCCCUUGUACUAUGAUGGGCUAAGGGGGUGUGUGAUAGUGGAGGGGUGGGAGGCUGUAGGUACCUCCACCAGCUCCUGGCCUUCUGUUCUCCCCCCCAACCCUAGGUUGAGCUGCCCUGAAGGGCCUCAGCCCCUUUCUCUCCCUUCUUGACUAGAUGCAGCCUCCUCUCCCCAAGCAGCUGCUGGUUCCUGCUUUAAUCCUCCCCCUGGGGGAAGGGCCAGGGGAACAAGUGCCACUUUUGUCUGCACACUCUGCGUGAGUGUGUAGACUCACUUCCUCCCCAUGGGGGGGAAGGGAAAAGAGAGAUAGACCCCCCCCCCAAUCAGGUACAAGGGAGAUGCUUUAACAUAUGGACUCCUCGGAACAAACCGUGGUGCUACCUUUACUUCUCUGUGGAUCUAUUGUCUGGUUGCUAUUACGAUCCUCACGGGGGCUCUCACCUGAGCCGUUUGCAGAAGGGUCCCAUACUUGUAACCAAGCCGCUGAAGGCUGCAGGUGUAAGGUUCAGACACCCUGGGGGACGGAGAGCGCAGUAGCUGGAGCAUUGGCCUGCUCAACCCAGGGUUGUGAGUUCAGUCCUUGAGGGGGCCAUUUAGGGAUCUGGGGCAAAAAUUGGGGAUCGGGCCUGCUUUGAGCAGGGGGUGGGACUAGGUGACCUCCUGAGGUCCCUUCCAACCCUGCUGUGCUAUGAUUCUAGGACAUCAGCUGCUUGCUUAAUGGUAUGCUCUGCCAUCUAAAUCUGUCCCAUGCUUGGCCCCAGGGCUGAGCUGCUGGAAGGCAGCACCCAGGAACAGGCACCAGGUGCAUCGCACAGAGAAAGAUGCUCUCCCUCCCCUAACGCUUGCAUUUGAGUAAUCAGUGGGGGUGGGCAUUAAAGGGGGCAGUUUCUCUAGCUGCCUGUGAGGAGCUGGGGAAACCCCAGCCAGGAAAUUAAGGCGAUGCCCAGGCUUUGUCCGGCUGAGCACAGCCCAGGACCCCUGCACUCUGCUCUCCCUGCCUUUGAUCGGGUAAGAAAGAGGAAAUCGCCGAUCACCUGAUUCGCCAGCCAGGCUCCCCGCCCUGGGGGUCCACGCCCCGGGGAUUGUCCGCACCUGCUGGAGGUUGCCCGGACGGUCCGCCCUGCAGGUGGGGAAGGUCUAAUGGAGUCCAGCAGAGGAUUUCGGGGCCGGCUUGACCCACAAGCUGUAAGUCGCCGUCCUGUCUAUCUCCUGGCCCUGCGUGACUGAUCUCGGGGGA